AUGUUGCUCAAACAAGCAAGAACCCAGACGGAGCUGUCAUUCACCUCCUUUUACAAUAUUGUUGAUGGUCAGCGACGUGGCGCCGAACGAACAGUUCGCGGCGUUAACCCUGCUACUGAAGAAGAACUAUGGGAGGCGCCCAUAGCUACCAGAGCAGAUCUCGAAGAUGCUGUCGUUGCAGGCAAGAAGGCCUUUGAAUCUUGGUCUCAAACUUCCCUGGAGGAAAGAAGGAAAUGUUUGAGCAAGUUUCGGGACCUGAUAGAGAAAGGCAGUGUGCUCGAUGUGACCCUCGAGAUCCCUGAAGAAGUCCUCCAAGACGAUGAAACAGUCCUAACAGUUCGGCGGUACUUCCCUGUUGGAAUUGUCGGUGCCAUUUGCCCUUGGAAUCUGCCGGUUGGGGUAAUGGGCAUCAAGAUUUUCCAAGCCAUCAUUGCUGGUAAUGUCAUCAUCUGCAAGAACAGCCCCUAUUCGCCUUAUGCGGCUUUGAAGUUCUGCGAAAUCGCUCAAGAGGCCUUUCCUCCGGGCGUUUUCCAAAUCCUGGGUGGCAGCGAUGAUAUGGGUGCUUGGCUGGUUGAACAUCCCGGCAUUCCCAUGAUAGCCUUCUCGGGACAUACGCGCACAGGCAAGAAGAUACAGGAGUUGGCGGCAAAGAAUUUGAAGAGAUUGACGCUUCUACUCGCCGGCAAUGACCCAGUGAUUGUCUGCCCCGACGUGGAGGAGAUUGAAAGGGUGGCCAAUGAGGUUGCCUUGGCGACGUGGUUCAUUUCCGGCCAGGCCUGUAUCGCCACCAAACGAAUCUACGUGCACGCAGACGUCCACGAACGUUUCCUGGAAGCUUUACUCGACGCUACCAGAAAGACGGUCGUCGGCUCGUGCGCCGACCCAGAUGCCUACAUGGGCCCCAUCCAGAAUGUUGACUUAUUCCGCCGUCUCAAGCGCCUCGAACAGGAAUGCGAGACAAACGGCUACAACAUCGUCCUGGAUGGCAGGAACCGCGAUUCGGCGAGGAAGUCGCAGGCUGUCAAUGAAGGGAAAGUGAACGGCUCCUCCCAUGAGCGCCCUGACAAGGGAUACUUCUUCUAUCCCACGCUCGUCCUCGACCCUCCUCCCGACUGCCGCCUUGUCACAGAGGAGCAGUUCGGCCCCAUUUGCCCAUACCGCCGUUGGACGGACUUUGAAGAAGUCAUCAAGGAAGUCAACAGCUCGGAGUACGGGUUGGGAGCGACAGUGUACUGCAAGGACGACGAUAAAGCCGUUGAGCUGGGCAAAAGGAUUCAGGCUGGUAUGGUCUGGGCCAACUGCCAUCCUAGGGCUCUGGGACCCGAGCCUUAUGGUGGAACCAAACAUAGUGGGUUUGGUGCUGAGGGCGGCGAGGCUGGUCUGAAGUGUUUCAUGAAACCGCAAACGAUGUUCAGGUUUGGAUGGAGCAUGGUGAAGGAUUAA